AAACCGGCCUUACACAUGCCGGAGCCGUUGUCAACAACCAGAGCGGCGAUAUCGUCCUCCAUUUCUGAAACAGGUGAGGGAGUCUCAGAUGAGUCAGACCAACAUCUGGGGCCGAACACCACCGACACUCACCUGAGACUCACCUGCUGCGAAAUGGAAGAAGAAAUCGCCGCCCUGGUUGUUGACAACGGCUCUGGCAUGUGUAAGGCCGGUUUUGCCGGAGACGACGCUCCUCGUGCAGUCUUCCCAUCAAUCGUCGGUCGCCCCAGACACCAGGGUGUGAUGGUGGGAAUGGGACAGAAGGAUAGCUACGUGGGAGACGAGGCCCAGAGCAAGAGGGGCAUCCUGACCCUGAAGUACCCCAUCGAGCACGGCAUCGUCACCAACUGGGACGACAUGGAGAAGAUUUGGCAUCACACCUUCUACAAUGAGCUCCGAGUCGCCCCUGAAGAGCAUCCAGUGCUGCUGACCGAGGCGCCGCUCAACCCCAAAGCAAACAGGGAGAAGAUGACCCAGAUAAUGUUCGAGACCUUCAACUCUCCUGCCAUGUACGUGGCCAUCCAGGCCGUCCUGUCUCUGUACGCUUCUGGUCGUACCACAGGUAUUGUGUUGGACUCCGGUGAUGGUGUCAGCCACACGGUGCCCAUCUACGAGGGUUACGCUCUGCCUCACGCCAUCCUGCGUCUGGACCUGGCCGGCAGAGACCUGACGGACUACAUGAUGAAGAUCCUCACUGAGAGGGGCUACAGCUUCACCACCACUGCUGAGCGUGAGAUUGUCCGUGACAUCAAGGAGAAGCUCGCCUACGUGGCUCUGGACUUUGAGCAGGAAAUGCAAACGGCAGCUUCGUCUUCAUCGCUUGAGAAGAGCUACGAGCUUCCUGAUGGUCAGGUCAUCACAAUCGGCAAUGAGAGGUUCCGCUGCCCCGAGACUCUCUUCCAGCCGUCAUUCAUCGGAAUGGAAUCUGCUGGAAUCCAUGAGACAACCUUCAACAGCAUCAUGAAGUGUGACGUGGACAUCCGCAAGGACCUUUAUGCCAACACAGUGCUGUCUGGUGGCACCACCAUGUUCCCUGGAAUUGCCGACCGCAUGCAGAAGGAGAUCACGGCCCUUGCCCCACCCACCAUGAAAAUCAAGAUCAUCGCGCCCCCUGAGAGGAAGUACUCCGUCUGGAUCGGCGGUUCCAUUCUGGCCUCUCUGUCCACGUUCCAGCAGAUGUGGAUCAGCAAACAGGAGUACGACGAGUCUGGUCCAUCUAUCGUCCACCGCAAGUGCUUCUAGAAAGACCAUCCUGCUCCACACCAGUAGGGGGAGCCUCAGGCUUCUCAGAUUAUAAACAUGUGAAUAAUGAGCAGUGUGUCUGAAUA